GUCCUAAGAACAAUUUGUUCUCUAAAAAGCCCUGGUUCUUUGUAAUGGAGACAUCAUUUGGAUGUCUUGGCACUCACUGUACUCAUUCUUACAAGAUUGUCAUUGCCCUGUAAGUGUGUCAGGCUUGGCAAUAUAUGUAUAUGAAUCCAUAUACAACUACAACCAUUUAUAUAUAUAGUUGUAUGUGUAUGUUACAAAAUCCUCAGGUCAUAUUGACGAAAUGCUAUUUUUCAUGAAACUAAGAUUUGAAAAAAAAUAUAUGUUGGAAGAGAUUACCCAAUAGGAAAAGUAGAGUGACUAUAACUAGAAAACGGAUGUUUUUCUGUGUGAAAGUUAAUAUCUCUAACUUAAUAUGAAUCUGUAUGCAUACAACACACCCAGUUGGCAAAUAGGAAGACCUCACAUGUUUGUUUAGCUGUGUGUAUAUAUGCUUACCUAUAGAAUUAGAACACUGGGACCACGGUAACAGAUGUGACUUCCCCACAGAACUCUUACUCCGAGAAAGAACAGUUGACAUGUUUGAUAUUCUGAAGUCACGUUGAGUGGGUGCAGGGAAAAUGGGGCAAAAACCAUCGCAGCAGUUGGCUCUACAGGACAGUGAAGAGGUUAUCAGCAUCAGCGAGGUGGUCAGUGGGGCAAUGGUCCACGCCGCUCAGAAACUGAAGGAAUAUCUUGGAUUUGAAGACACUCUGAGCCAUCUCUGCCCAGCUCCCAACACUCUCAAUGAGAUCUUCUUAAUCCACUUCGUCACUUUCUGCCAAGAAAAAGGAGUUGACAAGUGGCUCACCACCACCAAGAUGACCAAACACCAAGCCUUACUGUUUGGAGCAGACUGGAUUUGGACCUUCUGGGGACCCGAUAAGCAGAUAAGGCUUCAGCUGGCAGUACAGACUCUGCAGAUGUCAUCUCUUCCUCUGGAAUCUAAGCCUUGUGACGUCUCCACUCCAGAAGCCAGGGCAGAAGAGCCUUCCAGCAAGACAAGUAGGUUUGAUAAGCUGGAAGAAUUCUGCAGCUUGAUAGGAGAGGAUUGUCUGGGCCUGUUUAUCAUCUUUGGGGUGCCAGGGAACCCUAAGGACAUCAGGGGUGUUGUCCUAGACAGUGUCAAACAUGAGAUAGCAAGCGGCCAUCUGCCAGGAGGGACAGCCGUGGCCCGAUUCAUCCUGGAAACGGAAGAGUGUGUCUCCAUCAGGGAGCUGCUUGGAAACUGUCUGAGUAAGAAAGAUGGGCUGAGAGAGGUGGGCAAGGCUUAUAUUAGCAUCCUCUGAACUGGCUCUGUGUGAUGAGACUGGCCUAUAAGAUAAAAUGGGAAAAAUAGGUUAUUCUAAUAAGCAAGUUCAUCCUCUUGCAUCAUCUCCUCAUGGGAUUUUUUUUCUCUCCCUCCCCAUCCCGCCCUACAUGGAAUGAAACCAUCACCUGAAACAAAAAUAUGAGUGUCAUGAUUAUGGACAGGAAAAAAGAAAAAAAAAAACCUGCCUGUUUUAGGAAAAAUGUAACAAUUUAGCUUAACCUUUUAUUAUUCAACAGUAGAAGUGGAAGGAGAGGAUCAGAAAGUCACAAAGUCACGCCUAUAACAUUCAA